AUGCCCUCCGAUACCCUACAACUCCUACAAAACCUCCUAUUAACCCUCAAUAUCCCUAUCAACCCACCUUCACUCUCUUCCAUCCCUCCAACCUUGAUUCUCCUAACUUUAGAAUCUAUCCUCCAGCAAAAGCUAGAUAUACCAAAAGAGCUGAGGAGCUGUAACAAAGCGGAAGAUGAGAUAGGGUUGAUCAAGUGUUUGUUGGGGAUCUUGGCGGAUGAUCUGCUGAACAUCGAUUUGAGCUUGAUUAAUCCGUUGAAGGUUCUCACGGGAAGGGAGAAGGAGAUGGAACUUGUUGUUAUGGCUGUGAUUGUCGUGGCCAAGAGGAAUGGGACAGUUGUAACUACCUCGAGAGGGAAAAGGGUUGGUGAUGGAUCAAGAUUAAUGAAGAGUGCUCAUGAGGAUCACAUCAGUUUUGCAUACGACAAUGGAUACGAUAACGAUAGAUCAGGUUUACCAGAACCUCUGAAACCCGAUAGAUCAUUUUCUUCCCCUAUCGAUACUCCUCAAGACGUUUUUGUUGUCCCCCCUCAAGGACGUGACCGAGGUGAUAUGUAUACGGAUUCGCAAGAAAUGCUGUACACUAAGGAGAAUCACGAUGACACGAAUCACAACGACAAUGACAUAUCCAAAAUAUCAGAUGAAUUCGAUCCUUAUCUCACACCUAUUCACGAUACGUUCCCACGAGGUAUCAGCCAGGAGGACGGGAGCCAUGAUGGUCAUGAGGGUAUCCUGAAUGAUGGAAGGGAAAGAGAUGCACCUCUAAAACAUUCAUAUUCCUCGACGACAUCGGCAUCUAGCUCGAUAAGUGGAAAAACGGUUUUACAAUACAUGAUAGAGGAGUUUGGAUUGGAGCCCGGGUAA